UGAUAGGUACAUACAUCAUGUGUUGUGUCGACUCUUGGAAGGUACCUAGAUGCUGUAGUAGGUACAAUGUAUGAAUAAAAAGAUUAUUAAAUUAUGAAAACGUGACCAAUUAAUAUAUGCAUUUUCAAAUGGAUUACGCGAAUUUUGCAAUAUUUACCAAAGAUUAGGGAACACGAUUUAAAAUUGCAGAAAUAAUUAUUACAGAAUGUCCAAAAACGGAGAACUAUCAUCAAACCAAGGUCCUAGUCGACCAAGCCUACCAAGACCCGAGCUGAAUUUAUUUGGUACAGAAAAACGUAAAAUUUUAGAUCUCCCAUUGAGUGGCCCGUCGAGCGAUGUCGCUUUUGUACCAUUUUCAUCGACAACUGCACAAAUGCAAAAGCCAAAAAUUCCUUCACGUACUAUUAGAGAUGUACUGCCAGAAAAUGCGAGAGAUAGAUGUCGAAUAUAUCCAUCAAUGCAGUCAUCUGGGAAACUACAGCUAUCUGCUACUGAAGUAUAUGAUUUCACUGCAGAUGACUUGCAAGAUCUGGGAGAGAUUGGCAGGGGAGCAUUUGGAGCUGUAAAUAAAAUGGUUUAUAGAAAGACAAGUCGUGUAAUGGCUGUAAAAAGGAUUCGCUCAACAGUUGAUGAGAAAGAACAAAAGCAGUUGUUAAUGGAUCUAGAAGUUGUGAUGAAGAGUAAUGAUUGUCUUUAUAUAGUGGAAUUUUAUGGAGCACUCUUCAAAGAGGGUGAUUGUUGGAUCUGUAUGGAAUUAAUGGACACAUCACUAGACAAAUUUUACAAAUUUAUAUGUGAAAGAAUGCAAACUCGAAUACCAGAAAAUAUAAUGGCAAAAAUUACACUGGCUACAGUUAAGGCUUUAAAUUAUUUAAAAGAAAAAUUGAAAAUUAUCCAUAGGGAUGUGAAACCAUCUAAUAUACUGCUAGAUAGAAGAGGAAAUAUAAAACUGUGUGAUUUUGGUAUAUCUGGGAAGCUAGUAGAUUCAAUAGCUCGGACAAGAGAUGCUGGAUGUAGACCAUACAUGGCACCGGAAAGAAUUGAUCCAGGCCGUGCAAGAGGUUAUGAUGUACGCUCAGAUGUUUGGUCUUUAGGUAUUACUUUGAUGGAAGUGGCUACUGGUGCAUUUCCGUACCCAAGAUGGGGAUCUGUAUUUGAACAGCUACAGCAAGUGGUUCAAGGGGACCCGCCACGUCUUUCAUCCAAUAACAACAUGUUUUCAAACAGCUUCGUUAACUUCGUUAAUACUUGCCUUAUAAAAGAAGAAACACAGAGACCUAAGUAUAACAGGUUACUGGAACACCCAUUCAUCAAAGGAAUAGACCAAAGUCGAUCAGAUGUUGCUGCAUAUGUUUGCGAGAUCUUAGAAUCAAUGGAACGGAAUGGAGUGAGUCCUUUCACAACAGACCAGCCUGCUCAAGCCUGGGUAGAUUAAUCACAGUUUUCAGGAACUAGUUUAGUGUGCGUGACCAAUAUGGUUUAGAGUGAAAUCUCAUGAAAAUUUUGUUUUUAAUAAGCAAACUGCUCAAACUGUUUUUUGGGAGUUUUGACUUUAUGGUACGAUCGUCUACAAUAAGCGGCACGGAUUUUGAGUGCUGAUCUUCACCUGCACUUAAGCCAGUCUUUGCGCGUCUUUAGUGGUACGAAUUCCAGGUAUUUUUAUUAUAUCAUUAGGCUGUUGGCUCACUACGACUAUCUGUUGUUAUUUACUUUGUUCUCUGAAAUUCAAAAAGAACUCCCGACGAGUAUACUUCAGUACGACUUUAAUUAGUUUUCAUUAUAUUUUGCUUACUAUUUUUUGAUGAUCUGUUUUGAAAGAAAACAUGUAUACAUGUUAAAAAUUAUAAAAUCAUAGGGUGUCCGACAAUGGGUAUAUCAAGCCGAAACGUGGCUCUAGUAUCAACAAUGUAAAUCAUGUUUAAUAUGUAAAAAAAUCUAAAUCGUAAUUAGUAGAUUCAUACAAAAACUAAUUUAUAAUAAUUGUUUCAACUGUUCGAAGGCAACCCUGAAUUUAUACAAUAAAAGUACCGUUAGGCCAUUCAUUCAGUCAAGUCGCAUCUGAACAAGAUAGACAAUAACAAAUUCAUUUUAACUCCUAAACAAAACCAAAAAAUGCAACCGUGUUAUUAUUAGGUACCUACAAAAGUCAAAAACUAAAAAAAGAAUCAAACUUAUUACGGCAUUGUUACUAAAUUUCACCUCUAUCGUAAAGGCAAAAGCAGGUUGAUGUGCCGGCGCUUGUGGAGUGUUUAGGGUCAUUUCGCCUGCUUGCGUCCACUUAGUGCAGUUGGCAAGUUUGAAGGAGAAAAUAAAAAUGUCCCAACACUAGGUAAUUUCAAUGAAAAGUUUAUGUAAUGUGUUCAUUAUAAUAGUCUAUUUUAAGGUAACUUAGUUUUUGCGAAACAUCUUGUAUUUUUAUUUUGAAAGACAAACUUCAGAAUUAGGCGUUUUACCCACUUUGCCUCCAUAAAAAUCAAUUUGCGUCCACCCGCUGGACCACUUGGCGUCCAUCAGCUUAGCAAAGGUAUUAAAGGAUGAUAUUUUUAUGAUAUUAAAGCGAGAUUGGAUUUUAAUACUUUAUUUAUUAAAGAUGAUUGAUGAUGAUGAAAGAUGAUUAUUAUAGCCUUAGAAUUUUAAUUAAUGACACAAGUCACAUUCAAAAGACAUGUUUGGCCUCUAAAUAACUUAAUCCUACUAAUCGCGUGCAUUUCAGAUGAUAUGAUCUAAUACACUUGUCACAGCCAAUGUUUUUCUCAUCGUCCUCUUCUACAUUUGAAAUUAGUAUAUCGUCACAUUCAGGACAUUUCACUCGUUCCACGCCUGGUAAAUUUUCUUUCUCAAUUUCCACAUCUAUCCUUUUCUUUGUGACUUCUUCAAGAGGGGGUGUAUUUCGUUUUUUCAUUUCAGAGCAGUUUUACGAACCGUUUGAGGGUGUUUUAAAGUUUUUUUUUCUGUUCUUGCUUUUCUAUUAGUUCUCUUUAUUCUCUUCUCUUCGUUAUCUUCAUAAUACUUUCAUUCUCUUCAUAAUACUUUCUCCAUGCAGCAGAAGAUAUGGCUGGAGUUCUUUGAUAAUUUUUUCAUGCUUUGUUAGAAAUUUCAGGCAGCAUCAGGUGCUUUUCAAAUGGAUCAGAGGUUUUCUUUUGUGUUAGUAUUUCAACAACUGCUGAAGCUGGUGGUACUCGAGGAGGUAGCGAUACAGCUGAUGCUGUAUGAAUCGAAGAAGUCAAAGCCGUUUCUGGCGUUUGUUCCUUAGUAAGGGUUUAUUUUUCAACACUAGACAUAGAGGGCGAUGAUGCAAUCUCUUCAAAUGGUAGAAUUAGAACGUCGUCUAAAGACGCGACAGAGCCGGCGUUGAGGUAAUUGCCAGAAAGAUGUAAUGUCAAAAGGGACAAGUCAGGAAACGAAUCGUUUUUGUUGAUAUCGAGAGUUGAAUUAUUCGGAUAUCUCACGUCAAGUUGAGCAGAUGUUACAUUUCUAUUUUUAGUGGUUAUUAUUGAUAUGAAAGUCUCGGCUAAUGGUUUUGGUUGUGAAAAUAUUAGGGCUGAUAGAUACUAUUUGAACCUGUACAGUAGGAUCUGAGUUAGCUUGAUCACUUUCGUUUUCGGUUUCUUCGUGUAGUGAAGAGAUGAAGAUUUCUUUAGUUGUAUCCAAUUUACAGUCAAUGAGAUUAAAAAUGGUACUUUUUUUUUCUAUUGAAAGUUCCAUAUUAUGUGACUUCUCAGAUUCAGUUUCGAUAGAAAUCUCGGCAAAUCCCAGUUAAGCAGGGAGAGACUUUUUCAAACUAUUGACUGCUCUCGUAAUGGUUCAAAUGUCAAUAUUUUUUUCCUUUUUGUGUCGGCUUCAAGUGUUUUAAUACUUAUUUAAAGCUUUUAAUGUCUGAGCGAGUAACAUCUUGUGAUUGUUGACCAACGGCCUGUACAUUCUCCAAAGUAUUUCUUACACAUUUCGUGUAAUCUGGACUAUUUGGGUGUUGUCGGACAUGUUAGGAUGUUUUAAUGCAUCAUUUAAUAAUGUGCAAAAGUUUAUUUUUGUGACGGCAGAAUGAAAAUUUUCUGGCUUUGAUAGGAAUGCGCGGACUGUAGAUUUCCAAUAUAUUUUUACCGGUGCAAAUACGCUAACGUCAGUUGGCUGUACAAUAUGGGUGGUGUUGGGCGAAAGGGCAUACAAAAUAAUUUGCAUUUAUUCACAUGCCCUACUUAGUAUUAAGGACAUAUACGAUUUAUGCCCAUAUACCAGCAGUGUUAUUUUCCACUAUCCAGUUGUGAAACUCGUUGUGAUGUAUUCAAAGAAUACUUCUCUCAUCCACCCUGUCUCCGAUCUGCCUAAGCACAAAUCUUGGGGCAUACUAUUCACUACAGCCUUUUGGUGGUCUAAUGUAUGGAAACACAAUACAAGGUGGACCUAUAUCCGCAUUCGCAUUAAAUGUUAAUAAUACUUUUCGUUACGUUAAGUUUUUGAAUCCUCUUGGGCCUAAAACUUGUCCUGUCUUUAGACAAAGAGCAAAAUCACUUUCGUCCCCAUUGAAAAUUCUUUUAGGAUCUAUCAAAAUAUCUUUUUGCUGUAUACUGUCCAAAGAUUCAUCGAAUUUUUUAAACCACAAUCUGAUUGACUCUUUCAUCUGUGACUUGGGCUCUAGCUUUAUUAAUUCCCUCCGCAUUUUUAAGUGUGAUUUCUUUAUUUCUGGACAAUAAUUUUUGACCUGGGCGAUCAUCUUUAAAUUUAUUUUGAAACCCCUCGUCUUGUAUUACUUUCUGAACAGUAUUAAGCAAUUCCUGUUUUUUCACUGGAAAUCCACAUUUGGAAAUGUUAAGAAGCCAUUCAGAUACCUUUUUUUCACCAUCUACUCUUAGCGCAGGUUCUGGGCCCGGUUUGUUUACUCUAUCCGGUCUGCGCCCACUGAUUUUGUCCAAUAUUGUAGUAUUCGGAAUAGCUUAUUAUUUGCAUACUUUCCUUAUCGAUUUCUUAUGCUUUCGAAUUUCAAGCAACGCUUCCCUUAAAUAUUCUUCUGUGUAUGUUCUUUUUUCCUUCUUCUUUCUUAUCUCCGAAGAACUCAUCUUAAACAGAAAAAAAGAAGAAUUCAAGAAAUUACUUAUUUCAUUCAAAGUAAAAUAGGUAUUAAACUUGUAGUCAUAAUAAAAAAUGUAUCUACAAUACAUUUUGUAUUGAAAAAUACCCUCAAACAAAUCAAUUGUAGUGAAUUAAUUCCAAAAAUGGACGCGAUUUGUUUUUGUUAUUACUUCCUGUAGGUAGUUUCCAUUGCGGACCGCUGCCCACUAUUUUUGUCUCAUAAACCCGCGCGUCCGCGCUCUCUUGUUGAACAGCCGUUACUAAAUGUUUUUUCUACACAGGAUUGCUUGGACGCACGGAACUUUUGUCUAUGUGUCCGUGCCUCAUAAACAUUGAGGUAUUGCCGGUAAAAACAUUUCGACGUAUUGGUGUGUAUACUUAAUUUCGAGUUUUCAAAGGGAGAUCCGUACUUAAAAUAGACGUGAACAGGCGAAAUUACCCUAUCUGUGUUUUGUAUGUAUUAUAUUUCAAUCAGCUGACAUCAUGUGACCCUUUUUAGUUUUUUUUGAACACUCUUAGGGCACCGCACCAUUGCGUUUGCUGCGUUUCGUCAAACUUCCCAAAGCAAUCUGAAGUUAUACGGAUUUUUUUAAUUAUUUUUACUCUUUCAUGCGUUAAACUUGGAUUAUGGACAUAAAUCUUUGUGAGAUUAAAGUGAUUCAAGUUAUCACUUACGUAACCUCGACCUAGAAGAUGCAGGUUGUUGAUCACGUGCCAAAGAGGGCUUAAAGAAAGCGAUAUCGCGAUCAGUGCUUAUUUGGCGAACAAAAACGUAUUCACUGUGCGGAUUCAUUUCGUACGAUAAAUAUUGAUACGUUUACUUCCAGGUGGUUCUUAGCGAUGCAAAGAAGUCUUGUGAGACCUUACAAGUAGGUACCCCAUAAUACCAGAUGGGCCGUGAGUUCCUCUACACUUCUAAGAAAGAAAGCUCUUCUGUUUAUGUGGCUAUCCUUAUUAAUCAUAUUACGUACAUUAUGUAAAACAUAAUUCAAGGGUUAGCAGAUCCUAAAUUCCAUCCCUUGGGCUUGCGGUCCGCUUCCAACAUCUGGGGAGGUCCAACCAGAUCCGAAAAAAAAGGGUUGACAGAAGAAUAGUUUAUUCGUUACGUUUAAAUACUCUUUAUUCCGAAACUAUAUAUUGUGGUUUUUUUUUCAUAGAACCUAGUCUAAAGAACAUUAACUACAGUUUUCGGCCUGAUAUAUAACCCUUUAUGGGGCACCCAAUAUAAAAUUUUCAAAGUAAGAAUAUAAAGACCGCCCUUCGCCUAACGCUCACGAUUCGUACCGAUAUUCUUAAGCUAGUAAAUGAACGGCUAAUAUCUUGAUAAUUUACGUGAAACUAAAAUCUUGUUUGCUUGCACAAGCACAGAAAUUUGAGUAGAAAUACUUGACACACAUUUAUGUACUAUUAAUGAAAAAAUAAAAAUCAGAAACAGGUCCAGGGUUCUUAAUAUGACAUAAAUUUACGUUCAAAACUUUCAAAAUUAUUGUUAUUGUGAUCCAUUUAAAGCGCGACUUCAAUUUUGAUUCAUACAUUUUAAUGAUUAUUUACUCUGCGGUAUGAAAGAUAAAUUUAAUUAAAGUUUUUAAAUGGGCAAUAUUCUUGUUAAUAGAGUAAUAAUUUCGAUUAUUGACCUAUGUCAAACUAAUUUACUUUUGUACAUUACCGAUUAAUUAUUAUUUAUGUGAAGAUAUUUGCAAAAAGUCAUUUUUAUAGAGUAGACAAUAUUAUGUAGUUGUUAAUUUUAUUAAAUGAGUACUUUGAUAAAGGCUAGAAAUUAAGUAAAUCCCAUGUCUUGUGGCAGGGAUACAGAAUAGCAAAAAUUUACUUAUAUGAAUCGAAAUCGCAGCUGAAAAUGAAAAAAUACAUUAUUGUUUUCAAUGUGACCCAUUGAACAAAAUGUAAUUUUUCAUUUUCUUAAAUAAUAAAUUAUUACCAUCAACGUUUAAUAUAUUUUGAUUCUUUAUGAAGUGCAAAAAUACAUAAUAUAAAAAAUAAAUUAGUUGUAAUAUCAAAAAUUUUGAUCAACAAAAGUAAUUAUACUUUUUCUGUUGUUUUCUACUGUGUUACAAUUCAUUAUGUUUCAUCAAACACAACAUUGCAAUAAUCACUUAUAAGUUUUUAUAUAAAAUCUGUAAUUAAACAGAAUGACUUGAGCAAUUAUGACUUUUUUUAUUACAGACAAAUAUAUCCCAGCCAUAAUAAGGCACAGCUAAGUGCUAUACAUACGAAUUUUAAAAUAGGUAUAUUAAUUCUUCUAUUACAACUAAUUUUAUAGAUGAAAUUUAUUGCAUUUAGCUAUAUAAAUUUAUCCCUAAAUACAAAAAAAAAAAAUGUGUAUUCAGAAAAUUUUAAACUUCUCUAGUGUCUUCAUAAUUUGUCACAAAAGUCAUUUCUCUGGUAAGAUUAGUUACACUUUUAUUUCAGAAUUUAAAUAGAUAAAGUUGGUAAAUUUAAAAAUCUUAAAUUCAAUUUUUAAAUCUGGAUUUCUCUAAAUCCGCAUGUUAACAAUGCAAUAAAUAAAAACAAUCUUAUUACGAAAGGUACAGUGUAUUCAUUAGAAGGUACUUCAUAAUUGCAGGCAUUUUUUAAAAUAAUACUUAAGAAACCUCAUUACUGUUUGUUAUCCGACUACCCUAGGAAGAGGGUAAUGUAUGGUGUCAUAUUUUUGUUAUUGAAAUGAUUUAUGAACUUGAGCAAUAUUUUUUUGCAGGCAUGUUAUAUUUUGAUUUGUACAUUUGAUAAAUACAAAUUUCAAACAUA